CUCUUACUAACACUUUGACUGGCAUUUAUUAGGGGACAGAAAAGGAUGUUCUAGCAUCUACAACUCCAGAAGACUUCAAAUUCAGCACAAGUCAGCUCCUCAACUCCUGACAGAGAAUUGGAAAAUAGGGACACCACUGGAAGAUUUGUGAGCAUGGAUCCAACCAUCUCAUCCCACAACACAGAACCUACACCACUGAAUGAAACUGGUCAUCCCAACUGCAGUCCAAUCCUGACCCCAUCCUUCCUGGUCCUCAUCACUGCCCUGGUGGGACUGGCAGGAAACAGCAUUGUACUCUGGCUCCUGGGAUUCCACAUGCGCAGAAAAGCCAUCUCAGUCUAUAUCCUCAACCUGGCACUGGCAGACUCCUUCUUCCUCUGUUGUCACUUCUUUGACUCUCUGCUACGGAUCAUUGACUUCUAUGGCAUCUAUGCCCAUAAAUUAAGCAAAGAUAUCUUAAGCAGUGCAGCAAUCAUUCCCUAUAUCUCAGGCCUGAGCAUCCUCAGUGCUAUUAGCACAGAGCGCUGCCUGUCUGUAUUGUGGCCAAUCUGGUACCACUGCCACCGCCCAAGAAACAUGUCAGCUAUCAUAUGUACCCUAAUCUGGGUUCUGUCCUUUCUCAUGGGCAUCCUUGAGUGGUCCUUCUCAGGAUUCCUGGGUGAGACUCAUCAUCAUUUAUGGAAAAAGGUUAACUUUAUUAUAACUGCAUUUCUGAUGUUUUUACUUUUGCUUCUCUCUGGAUCCAGUCUGGCCCUACUGCUGAGGAUCCUCUGUGGUUCCAGGAGGAAACCCCUGUCCAGGCUGUACGUUACCGUCUUUCUCACAGUGAUGGUCUACCUCAUCUGUGGACUGCCUCUUGGGCUUUACUUGUUCCUGUUAUACUGGUUUAGGGCUCAUUUACAUCAUCCCUUUUGUCAGAUUUACCAAGUUACUGCAGUCCUGUCCUGUGUAAACAGCUCUGCCAACCCCAUCGUUUACUUCCUUGUAGGCUCCUUUAGGCAGCUUAGAAAGCAUCAGUCUCUCAAAAUAGUUCUUAAGAAGGCUCUGGAGGACACUCCUGAGGAGACCGAUUUUACAGACAGCCAUCUUCAGAAAACCACCGAGAUGUCAGAAAGCAGAUGUUGAAAGUCAAUACAUUAACUUUCUCUUCUCUUAGAAACGCCUCUGUGAUUGCAAUGCU